AGAUAACUUUUCAAGCGACUCUAACGUGCAGACUAAACGAGCUGCCAAAUUUUUGUCUAGAAAACAGAAAAAACGAAAACAAAGUUUACGCCGUUUCAUAGGGAACGUUUGAGAGUAAUUAGGUUUCAUGUCUAUGUGAAGAAAACCAGUUUGGACUAGUGGCUAUGCAUCUAUGAAUGCACAUAUGCAAUUGGAAUUGCAACAACUAACAUUAUGACACCGCUGGACCAGAAUAGAGAGGGUGAAAUUGUUUUAGUCACCGGAGGAAGUGGAUUUAUCGGGCAGCAUUUGUUGAAACAAAUAUUGCGUGAGCAAAAAAACUUGGGAAUUAAGGAAGUUCGAUCCCUGGAUAUAUUACCCUUCGAAAAUAAGAUUGACAUUUGCAAAUCUGAGGAACUUAAAGUUUUUGUCGGUGACAUUUGCGAUUCGAAAUCCAGCACUGUACAGAGUGCUUUCAAAGGUGUUAAUUCUGUGUUUCACUGUGCGGCCUUCGUUAGCAUUGAAUAUCCACCAAAUUUCAAAGAAUUGGAUCGAGUUAAUGUGUGUGGCACAAGCGCUGUUGUAGAUUUGUGUGUGCAACACAAUGUGAAAAGGUUGAUAUAUACCAGCUGCGCAUCAGUCUGUCUAGUUCCAUUUAAGGGCUAUAGCACAUUCACCAUUGUCAUCAAUCAAACUGAGUCGAAAGCCAAUACUCCCAUUUUCAAUGCGCAGGAUGCUGCAGAUUUUGAUAAAUCUUUCCUUAUCCCAGGAUAUUCGUCAUCGAAAUUGCGCGCGGAAACUAUAAUUCUAAAUUCGAAUGGAGCGCUACUGAAUAAUCAAAAGGAUUAUUUGGAAACUGUAGCGAUACGUCCGCCGCUCACGUAUGGUGAAGGUGAUACGAAAUUCGUGCCGUGCGUGUUUGAGUACUUGUCCAGCCGUGGAUUCAGUUACCCACGUAUUGCCGGAGCAGGUGGCAAACAACAACUUGCCUAUGCUGGUAACGUAGCUUGGGGCCAUCUGUGCGCAUACAAAACCCUCAAAUCAACACCCAACGCCAUUGCAGGUUUGCCAGUAUUCAUCACUGAUGACACACCAAUUAAUGAUGUAACUAGAUUUAUACAGAAAAUGGCUUUGUUGGGCGGAAAGUUCAAGGUCAAUUUGUCGUUAUGGUACUUGCCACACUUUCUGUUCUUUUUUAUUUCCUUCCUUAUUGAAUUGAUGCUGCAGCUGCUAUAUCCAGUGACGAAAUUUAAAUUAGCUCAUUCACUCCGUGCAAUUGCGUCGUUUACAGCAUCAGUUUUGAUGUUCAAUCGUCUAAGAGCCUCUAUACAUAUGGACUACGUUCCAUUAAUUGAGCCAGAGGAAGCUGCACAACAAAGCGCGCGUUGGUAUGCUCAGUGGUGGGAAAACCGUUGUUCCAAACCUAUUAGAAAUUCUAGUUGAAAAUGCAUUGUUAAAAGAUAUUUCACAAGCACCUUUGUUAGUAAUACUCCUAAAAUUGUUGUUGAUAUUUUUAAAAUAAGUUUGUUAUUGUUCUUGUUUUUACACAAAUAAAUAGGUAUCGAAUGGUUUUUGAAGCAAUCUGCUCAAAGUUACGUAGUAAUCUACGGCGCAAUUAGUUACUUGCACUAUAUUUUAUAUGUUAUCUGUGGCCCUCGAAUUAAAUGUGGUUGACAUAAUAUAUAUAUAUAUUUUUCAACAAAAUUAAUCAUAUAAUAGACUCCACGAACUGGAUGUUGAUAGGCAAGCAAAAUAUAAUAAAUCACUAGAAUCUCUUCGCUCAUACAAAUUGGUGUUGAAGUGAAAUCGAACUUUAUGUGGAUUUUUAAAGCAUUUUUGAAGUGGUG